CUUGUUGAGCUCCUUUAUGUUGCGUUCCAAUGCAAAUGAGUAUUGACAGAGUUCAAGUUGGUGGCAAGUGGCAACCAAUCGGUAGUUUUUCGAGAAAGAAACUAACAGUUGGAUUUUAGUGGUGUUAUAAACGCGCUGCUACGGAUCGGGAAAUCGCCGGAAUCGACAAAGCAAGAAUACGAAAGCGAGAAUCGAAAACACGACACACGAUUUGCGUGGUUCACUAACACGAUGUGUGUUAGCUAGUCCACGGGCGAGAGAGAGUCAGUUUCACUAUAUCGAGGAGAUUACAGAUUACAUAGGAGUAUGAGAAGUAUUUUUAGUACUUCUCCAUGUGGGUCUAAACCUAAUCCAAUAUGGCAAAGGAAACGGUUACAGACCAUGCCCAGAUUCCGAACCCAAAUAGCAGUGAGACCCCCGACUAUUGCAAUCAUAGCGGCUGAUAGUCCGAUUCAAGUCACAUCAACAAGUGGCUAAUUAAUUAGCUUUCCACGAGUGAAGAGGAGUGGUAUUAUUUAUUCAUGUUCUUUCAAUCAUCAAAUUUCCACUAGACUAUUCACUUUUUCAUUCAAGUACUAACACAUGCACACCAUUGUUGUUGCUAUCGAUCGUCCAUACCUAUUGACUACUGUCAUGUCCAUGUAACAAGAUCUAUCAGGAUGAUACACAAAUCAAGGUUUUCCUUUUCACAUUUUGGUUUUAGCUCAUGGCUCAUUUCAAUGGACACUAUCCACUGUCCACACCGAGAUUUCAUCCCAGGUUGUAUCUAGGAAGGCUAACCUACGACAAGGGUUCGGUCGCCUCGACCACCAUAGGUCCCUAUUCAUACAUCUAACCUUGAUUUUCUUGAUGACGAAUACUCAUCUAACCAUAUAACUCCAUUCCUAGCUUAGAAGCAUAAAGAGAAGAUUAGGGCUACUUACCCAAACACAAUCAAUGAUAGCACAACAAUAGAAUCAAAUAGAUAAACACAUUCAUUUAUUGAAACCCUAAAAUAUUCAUACAUACAUAAUAAAUCCUAAAACUAAGGUUUGCGGUUUAGAACCCCAAGUACCUUAGAGGACUACUCCAUAAAGGAGGAAAGAAGAAACAUAGAAGAAAUUGAAGAAGGCUUGGGUUGAGUAAGAUGCUCCCUCUCUUCUAGCUUCUUCUCCUUCCUUCAGCUCUCUCUCUCUCUCUCUCUCUCUCUCUCUCUCUCUCUCUCUCUCUCUCUCUCCUCUCUCUGAAACCAAAAAUUUCUCUCAAAGUUCAUCUCAUCUAAAAGCGGGGAAAGGGGUUUUCUAUUUAUAGACAAUCUGGAGAUGGAGAAGUUCGAAGUCAGAAGCGUAGAGAUCGGUGUCGUGAUAUUCGAAAGUGAGGUUGCAAUCUUGAAACACUGUCGCCCUGACCUUCGAAAAUGAGGAGAUCCCGGGCUGACUUCGUGGUCGCGAUCCACGAGUCUCAGCCGCGAUCAUUCUCGAGGUCAAAUAAUAAGGUGGUCGUGAUUUGACUGGGGAAGGUCUCUGUUUCUCCCUCGCUCCUUUAUCGCGAAGUUUGCGCCUUGAGCCCUCCAAUUUGCGGCCGCGAUCUGGGACUUCCGGGUCGCGAUCUUCAAUUUGAGUUCGCGGUCUAUGUUCCCGGCCGUGAUCUUCAACUUCCAGGCCACGAUCUUCAACUUCCUGCCCCCUUGCUACACUCGUGGUUAGGAAUGGCAAUGGGGCAGGUCCGGGGCGGGUUUCUUGGUACCCAGACCCGCCCCGUGGCAGGUCGGGUAAUUUAUCACGGGUCACGGGUCGGGGCAGGUCGACCCAAUGGGUAUGCAAUUUAUAUGAAAAAUAUUAGAAAUAUUGGUUGUUUUUAUUAUAAGACCAAGGAAACAAACAAUAUUAUGAGAAAUAUAGUUAAAUUAUUGGAGAAAUUGAGGUUUUCACUAAUUUACGUCUUUAUUAUAGCUAAGAUUUGAUGUAAUAAAAGAGAAAUCCUAAGUAAUUUGACUAAAAUUACGUGUAAUUUAGGCAAGAACGAGUCGAGAAUGGGGCGGGUCAAGACAGGUCGGGUCGAUGAGAGUACCCAUGCCCGCCCCGCCCCAAAACAGAUCAAACAGGUCGGGUAAAACGGGUCAAGUCAAAAUUGCCAUCCCUACUCGUGGUCUUGUUUUGUACCUAAUUCGCACAUAUUGUCUAAUACACUCUAAAAUCACAUCGAAAUCACAUGUUUGACGUAAAAAAUAGUGAAUAAGACAUGUUUGAUAAAAAUACAUAUGAAAGAGUUAUAUUAUACCGAUGGAAAUUUGUAAUUGACUAAAUUGUAUGCGCCCUAAGAGCAUCCACAUCAAUGUAUUUGCUCAACUGCAAAUCCUACAUGGCACUCAAUAUGCAAUUGCAAAGGGGAUUGCACCAAUGUAGUGGGCAAUUGCAAAUAUGCAAGCUUGCAUUAAAUGAAAUUUAAAAUGCAAGCCACAUAGGAAAAAAUAAAAAAAAUACAAAUAUUUUUCUCUCUCUUGAUUUAUUUAUGUUAUAAUUAUAAAAAAUAAACUCUCAUAUAAGUGAAUUGCAUUGAUGACUCUCUAAGGUGCAAUCGAAUGGUGAUCUUUGAAGGGUAUGACGGAGGUGGUAUUCAAGGGGAGGCAAAAGUAGUCAUUGAUAAGGUACGAGGUCAGGAGAUACGUGAUCAUAGAGGUGGAGUCAUCUCCGAGGAUAUUGAAAAAUCCUGUAGCAGUAUGGACGUUUUGUUGUGGAAUUCAUAGGCGGAUAAAACUACCGGGCAACCCAUUUGGUGGCUAAAACGACAAUUUCUUUGUGUUCCUGCAAGUGUUGGUGGUUUUGAUUUUCGACAUUGACUUAUGUUUUAGUUGUAAACUGUGGUAUCUUCAUAGUUCUUGGUAAUACGAGUUAGGUAGGCCAAAACCAUUCCGAAUGGACCAAAAUAUUUUCAUGGGCCCUUCUCUAGCCUCCAAUCCGGACAAACCCAUAUUAAGAAAAAAGAAUAUUCAAAAAUAAAUGCUCUUCCGCUCUAGAUUUCUUUCUCAUUAUACGAAUCAAUAACUUAAAGUAAUCCGACCAACGAGCCGGGUAAAAGCCAAUGAAAAUAUAAAAAUGAUAUGAAAUUAGUUUUGCAAUUUCAUUAUUAACGUGGAUGCUCUAAUACUCCUGUGGCUUCCUUCCAGGGGAGCAAAAGUUUUCGACUCUAUCCACGGGCCCCGUAGCCGUAGCUGGGCCUUUAGUUUCACCGACUUAUUCUUGGGCCUCCUUGGGUAGAGUAGCGUUUCGCGCGUUUACUCCGGGAAGCUGUUGCUGAUUAUCCCCACGUGGCGCAAUCCCCAUUGGCUGAGACUGAAGCAGUUUGACUGCCGAAUGGCAGAGAGAGAGAGUUCAUGAUCACGAAAUCACGAUCCCUUUCCACUGAAACAAACAAACUAAAGAAAUAGUCCGUUGCUAGAGAUCCGAUCAUACACAGUUCCUUUCUCCCCCGAUUCCACCCUUUUUUGUUUGUGUCUUUUCAGUUCUCGGGAUCUUUACGAAAUUCCAUUUCUCCGGCCGAGAAUCAGAAUGGUGGGAGAAACUGUUUAAAAACAAACCGCGUGAAGUUGGAUUGAGUUCCGGCAGCCAGCCAAUGUCGAGGAGGCCGGGAAAUCCCUCCCGUCGGUACGGUGAUAGCGGCAGCGGCGGCGCUCUUUUCAGUUCCAAGUCCCGCUCCCCUCCCUUCUUGCCCAUUGCGCUCAUCGUCCUCGGAGGAUUGGCCGUUUUCACAUAUAUCCACUCCGGAGGAUUUGGGGCCAAGAAAUCAGCUUCCAUACGCCUUGAAGAUGACAGUUCAUGCACGGGAGAGCUGCACAGGGCGAUGCCAGUACUGCGGAAGGCAUACGGUGACAUAAUGCACAGAGUGAUGCACGUCGGGCCUGAUACUUGUUCAGUGGUUUCCACUUUGCUGAAAGAUGAGGAAACUGAAGCGUGGGGCGUGGAGCCUUACGAUCUGGAGGAUGCGGAUGUGAACUGCCGAGCCCUUGUUAGGAAAGGCUUUGUCCGCGUUGCUGAUAUCAAGUUCCCACUUCCUUACAGGCCCAAAUCGUUCUCCCUUGUGAUUGUAUCAGAGGCACUGGAUUACCUCUCCCCAAAAUACCUCAACAAGACCAUCCCUGAUUUGGCCAGGGUAUCUACUGAGGGCAUUGUGGCCUUUACAGGGUUUCCAGGCCAGCGCACAAAUAAAGCAGCUGAUGUGUCGAAAUUCGGCAGGGCGGCCAAAAUGAGGAGUGCCUCUUGGUGGAAGCGAUACUUUGGUGUAACAAACGUAGAGAUAAACGAAGCAGCAACCAAGAAGUUCGAGCAAGCUGCUGCCAAAAUGUCUUACACCCCAAGUUGCCAAAUCUUCCACCUCAAAGCAUACAGUUGAAUGUUUUAGCAAUCUAGUUUCGCAGUUCGAUUUUCUCUUAUACUUAGGUUAUCUUUCUGGAUCGGAAUGGUCAGUGAUUCAGUGGUCACAAAGUUUUUUGGUAGGAUGAAUUAUUAAAUGAUCGGGAACUUCUUUACAACCAUUCUAGAUCCCGUACUCAGACAAUUUCACAUUAUUUGUCAUUUGAUUAACUGAUAUUCAAUCAAGUUUUGAGUAUAGCAUUUAUCCUAAAUGUUGGGACAGAUGUAGUUGGCCAGCGUGGGUCACAUUUUCUUCUCCGGGAGGAUGUUAGGCAAGGUUGCUAAACCCUUAUCGAAUCUCCGGUCCGACCCGAGUCGGGCUUCAAAACGACCUCUGGAAAGCCCACCGGUCUGACCUCUAAAGAGGGAGAAGAAGAGAUGGGGAAGAGAGGAAAAGGAUUGAAGGAAGGGAGAUGGUGGGUGGGUCAUGGAGGUUAGGUAGAUUUAUUUUGUGAAAAAUAAGUUUAUAAUAGAUAUAUGUAAGAUAAAUUUUAUUUCAGUCAUUAAAUCUUUAAUUACUACCUUAUUGUAUUAUAUAUUUAGAAAACGUCUAAAACGGCUCAAACCGGUCAGACCCCGAUCAGACCAUUAAACCUCAAACCCUUUGCUUGACCGGCUCAAUGACUUAAACCGGUUUGACAACCUUGAUGUUACGUGACCUCUGUCCUUUUACUCCCUGUGGCAUAAAUGAUACUUUGGCCAAUUAUUAAGUCCUAUACGAGCAGGGGCGGAGGGAGACAGUUAGAGGGUGGGUCCCGGGACCCACCCUGGCUCGGGUUAGAAAAUGGUCAAUUAGGUACAAUAGUUAUUCGGGUAUGAAAAAUAAUACGUAUUUAAAUAAAAUUGGUAGACCUUUGAAAUAUUUGAUGUAUGAUUUAUAACGAGCGUUGACAUAUUCAAUACAUUUAUAACGAGCUAUGUACAAAUGAUAAUGAUGUAUAUGAUUCGCCCAAAAUUGAAGAUGUAUGUAUUUAAUAUUUACAACAAAUUUCCACCAAAUCAUAAUUCAUUUGUAAAAAUAAUUUUAUUUCAAUCAGGGGUAGGGGGAUUGUAACAGGUGUUUCCUAAGGACGAAAAUGAGUAAAUUAGUAUAAUAGUUAAUUGAUAAUGAAAUUUAAGGCACUUCUAAUUGAGAAUGGUUGACCGAGAUAUCAUUUGUUCGAAUCUUUGUAACCCCAUUUGUUAAACACAUGAUAUUCGGAUUUACGUAAACUUUAAGCACACAUAAGUUGGUUGUAGUAAGCAGGAAAGUGUUAGUAAAUACUAAAUAGUAUUAGAUUCGUUAUUAAAUCUUUCCUAACAACUCGAGUUAAUGAGACUCAACGGUCUUGACGAAGAACAUGAUUCAAAAGAAAAUGUCUAACUAAAUCAUAAAUAAUUGUUUGAUACAUAUAUGGUGAUAUUCUUGUUAGUUUUGACAUAAAAUUUAAUUUACCAAGUUUUUGCAAAUACAAAAUUAUAUCAUGAACGAUUUGGAAAGCUAACAAAAUUAUUUUAUCAUAUGUAUUUUUUCUAAAUGGACCCACCCUCGACAAAAUCCUGGCUACGCCCCUGUAUACGAGAGGCUCUUCUUUUGUUUGCCGAGACAUGUGUUAUGUUUCAGAAUGAAGGGAUGCUAGAAACCGACUUAAUAAUAGAUGGGCCAAAUCAGAGCUUACAAGUUUCACAAAACGCCCACAAUAGGAAAGGAUAGUAAUCCGUCUAUCUAGGCUUUUAAUCUUUCUGUGGCCCGUUUUAUUCACUGAAGGAAGGAUAGUAAUCAGUCUAUUCAAUUUUAUCAUUCUUCAUUGUGAAUCUCGUUUCGCUUCUUUCCUCUUUCCAUAAUCCAUAAUUGUCUCUACCCCAGAUUGUCUUUCAAUUAGUAUGAGAGCCUUUCUUUGAGGAAGCUCACUGUUGCCAAAGGGUAACGAUCAUGGGAACAAACUCACCCGCUGCCUUUGGUCCUGCAUUCAAUCACAAUCAACCAUGGUUCAAAGG